GAAUCCAUGAAAUCAGUUGAACAUUCAACAUCUUACAUGUUAUAUUGAAUCUUGAUGUUGAAAAGUUGAGAGAAAAGUUUCAUUAAAGUAAAUUAAUUAACCUGGAAAUAAAAAUCAAAUCAAUAUUCAAGAUUGGCGUCAAUACUUGAAGUUGGCGCAAAAAGGAGGCAAAAUUGUAACUCGUUAACUUGAUGUAACUGGACUUAUGUGUUGACGUUAAAUUUAAUUUAAGUUUCUAUUUAAUUUUACUAUUGACAUUUUAAACAUUUACAAUAAUUUAAACAAGUGACUUUAGUGUAAUCAGUGGAGAUAUGGGUUACGACUUGAAUCGAUUCCGUGGACCUGUUAGCUCAGUUGUUAUCUGUUGUAUUUGUCAGUCUGUUUUAGAUGAUCCCAUUCAAAGUUAUGCCUGUAAACAUGUCUACUGUCGAUCCUGUAUAACUCCACUUUUCAAUGGUACAACAGCUAACACCAAUGAGGGAAGUAAUACUCCGGCCUCGUCUUCAUCUUCCUCUUCCUCUCUAUCUGGUAAUACCAAUAACCACUCUGCUGCUGCUGCUAGUCAACAAGCUAUAACCUGUCCUAAGUGUAAAAAAGCUUUAGCACCAAGUGACCUUGAGAUACCCAAGAGUGUUAAAACCUUUCUAUCCAAUUUAGAGAUAAAAUGUGACUUUGCUUCAAAUGGAUGUUACCAGUAUGUCAAACUAGAGGAUCUUGGGUCACACAGCGAGUCAUGUUCAUUUAACCCGGAAAACAGUUUAACCUGUGCCAAUAAUUGUGGAGCUGUGAUGAAACGAAAGGAAACGGCGACCCAUUGUUGUCUCAAUUACCUGCAAUCGGUUAUAUCUGAGAGGGAUGCUUACAUUGACGAGAUUGUUAAAGAAUGUCGAGAACUUAAGUCAGAGAAUCGACGUCUCAAGACAAAUAAUGGAAAGUUGAAGGAAGAGGUUGAAAAGCAACGAGAUGAGAUACGAAAAUUGAAAAGUGAACUCGACUCUAAAAAGGGACUUACUUCGCUACUAAAAUUUGACCUACUCUAUUCUCAAUCAAAGGCAGUCUCUGAGGAACAUCGUAACUAUAUUCGAGAACUUCGAACCAAAGGAUUAAUCUCAUCAAAUAAAGUUUUCGAGGCAAUGAUUUUGGUUGAUAUCAACAAUUUUACCCUCAAAGAGUCAAACACAAGGAAAGCGGAAUUACGUCGAUUUGUUCGGGUUUUGGAAAUGCUUGCUCCAUUGGUUCAUCCUGAUUGGAAAAUUUUAACAACCAACGCACUUUAUAUCUCUGUCUGUGUGGCACUUUUACUGGGAACCAGUGGACAGGUUAUCGCCUUGACCAACAAUUUUGAGCUGAAAUUGAGAACAGAAAAAUAUUAUGGUUUUCUUGUUACCGGCAAUAAAUUGGAGCUAAUUUAUGAUCAAUGUUGGAAGAGUGGUUAUGCCGCACUAGCACCCUAUGACUGUAUCAUUGGUAUUUUCCCAAAGACAGUAACUAAUCAACUUAAGGAAGGAGGCUAUUUUUACGAUUAUACAAGUCUAUAUCGAAAAAUGGCAAAUGGAUCGAUGGAAACUGUUAAAGCAGUUUCUUAGAGAGAAUCAAGUUCCCGGUAAUCAUACAAACUGAUUGGAAAUUAGAGAAGGAACCUUUUAUCGAAAAUUUUGUAUUCGAGCGUUUUUGCUUGCGUUUAUUAAGUGAAUUAUGCAGCAAUUUCAUUUUAACUAAUCGAUUAUUCUCUUAUGCAAAGUUUAUGUUAUACUAGCUAGUCUACAGCCUGAUCUGAUACUCGAUUGUUGGAUGUAAUAAAUUAAAGCAACUGUUAGUUACUUA